AUGAAUGCCGUCGAUGCGUCCGAUCACUAUGACACCAGCUCAGCGGAUACCUCUCCGUCGCUUCUAACCAUUGUCCUGGACACAAACCCGCACGCUUGGGCCCUGCUUGAAGAGACCCUCCCGCUCUCUACCGCCGUCGCAAACCUGCUCGUCUUUAUAAACGCCCAUCUCGCGUGCAAUUAUGCAAAUAAAGUGGCGGUUGUUGCUAGCCACUCCCAGGAAGCUCGAUGGCUGUAUCCCGCAUCAACUACAAGCCCAUCAAACAGCCAGAAUGGCUCAACAGACACAGACGGAGACACCAACAUGUCCUCGUCAAACCCACCGCCUACCCAAUCCAAUAAAUACCGGCCCUUUCGAAUCGUUGAAGAACAGCUAACCCGCAACCUGAAAGAUCUCCUCUCGACCACCUCUCCCGCCUCCCUCAGCUCCACCACCUCAACCAUGAUGGCUGGCGCCCUCACCCUCGCCCUCAGCCACAUCAACCGCGAAACAAUCGUCUACGCCGAAACUCACGGCGCCUCCUCCGCCAAACUUGACGCUGACCCAUCUAACCCCGCCCCAACCGCCUCCGCGCUCCCACCACCCCCAGGUUCAACCUUUGAUCCGUCUUCCAACACAAACCGCAACCUCUCAGGCCUCCAAUCCCGCAUCCUCAUCAUCUCCGUCAGCAGCGCCACCGGAUCCGCCCACCAAUAUAUCCCAAUCAUGAACAGCAUCUUCGCGUGCCAGCGCCUUCACAUCCCAAUCGAUAUCUGCAAGCUCUCCGGCGACGCCGUCUUCCUCCAACAAGCCUGCGACGCAACACGCGGCAUCUAUGUUCCCGUGGACCACCCGUUAGGCUUCCUGCAAUAUCUCAUGGUUGCGUUCCUGCCAGAUCAGCGAUCAAGGAGUCAUUUGAUCCUACCGACCAGAGUCGAUGUCGAUUUCCGCGCCGCCUGUUUCUGCCAUCGGAAGGUCGUCGAUGUGGGGUUUGUGUGCAGCAUCUGCCUAAGUAUCUUCUGUGAACCCCCAGAGGGCGCAGACUGUUUGACCUGUGGCACGCACCUGGAGUUGGGCGAUUAUGGCGCGAAACCGGUUGUCGUUGCAAGGAAAAAGAAACGUAAAAAGGGUACUGGAAAAGGACCUAACGCAAAUGGGGGCUCAUCCGGAGGAGCAACCCCAAUCCCUCAUUCGACGCCGACAUCUACGCUGCCCUGA